GUAUUAUCCCCUUUUAUUCAUUUUAGCUGUAGUCGUAUUCACACUGUCACUCUCACUCCUACUCGUCCUCUUUCCUCUUUAACCUCCUUUUUCUUCUCAACUCAUUCACCCUUUCUCUUUUCCUCACUCUACUAGUAUUUCUUUGCUCUCCCUAUAGCUCUUCUCACUUGCACCAAAUAAACUUGAAGCCCUCUUUUCUAAAUUUUUAUUCUAUUGAGCUGGAAAAUUUCAUCCAUGAUAACCAUUAAGUCUGGUUGUUAUUGUUGUUUUUGCCUCUGAAAAAUUGGAUAUAGGUUGUCUGUUGGAGAGGUAUACAAAGGAAGUGUUGGUUUUUUUCGGGUGAAAUGGAGAGAAAACAAGGGUUCUUUUCGGCGUUAAAGGAGGAGGUGGUGCGCGGGUUAUCGCCGGGGAGGUCAAGAGCGAAGAGUCCAGCGAGAAGUGGGUCACCCAUUACGAGUUUGCUUCGAAGGAGGAAGAGUAGCAGUAGCAGUAGCCAUUUCGGCGCAAAUUCUGAGCAGUUGAUAUCACGAUCAGGGAGUUUGAGACCGUUAGGGGGGGAAACGUUAACGCCGUUAAUGGAAGGUCCGGAUCCGGAUGGCGGAGAAGUCGGUGAUUCGAAGCGGGUCGGGUCGGGUUUAGGACAUUGGGUGAAAGGGCAGCUGUCCAGGACACCCUCGGUUGCAUCGAGUGGGUAUGCUAAGAGGUCUGAUCUGAGACUCUUGCUGGGUGUAAUGGGUGCUCCUCUUGCCCCUGUCCACGUUAGUACUAUUGACCCUUUGCCUCAUCUCAGCAUAAAAGACACACCCAUUGAAACUUCAUCUGCUCAGUAUAUAUUGCAGCAAUAUACUGCUGCAUCAGGUGGGCAAAAGCUACAGAGCUCAAUUAAAAAUGCCUAUGCUAUGGGAAAGAUGAAGAUGUUAGCUUCUGAAUUCGAAACCCCAACAAAGGUGGUUAAGAGUAGGAACUCUGCUAGAGCUGCUGAGUCUGGUGGAUUUGUACUCUGGCAGAUGAAUCCUGACAUGUGGUAUGUGGAGCUUGCAGUUGGUGGAAGCAAGGUUCACGCGGGCUGCAAUGGCAAACUUGUAUGGAGGCACACACCUUGGCUUGGCGCCCAUACUGCAAAAGGGCCUGUUCGGCCACUACGACGAGCUCUACAGGGUCUUGAUCCAAGAUCUACCGCCAGUAUGUUUGCCAACGCAAGAUGCAUUGGAGAGAAGAAGAUCAAUGGGGAGGACUGCUUCAUUCUAAAGCUCUGUGCUGAUCCGCACACAUUGAAGGCCAGAAGUGAAGGACCAGCGGAGAUCAUAAGGCAUGUCUUGUUUGGCUACUUCAGCCAGAAGACUGGCCUUCUUGUUCACAUGGAGGAUUCACAUCUCACCAGGAUCCAAUCCAACGGAGGAGAUGCGGUUUACUGGGAGACAACGAUAAACUCAUUCUUAGAUGAUUACCGCCCUGUAGAAGGUAUCAUGAUUGCCCAUUCUGGGCGUUCCGUAGUCACACUUUUCCGGUUUGGGGAGAUGGCUAUGAGUCAUACCAAAACUAGGAUGGAAGAAGCUUGGACAAUUGAAGAGGUUGCGUUUAACGUUCCAGGAUUAUCAAUAGACUGCUUUAUCCCACCAGCUGACCUGAGAUCAGGGUCUAUAAGUGAAGCAUGUGAGCUCCCGCAAGAUGAAAGGGGAAAGAGUGCAAUUUCACUCGCCAGUCACCGGGCUAAGGUAGCAGCGCUAGAGAAAACUCAUGAUUGCAGCAUGGAUAAUGUGGUCUGGAAGGUGGAAAUCUAACCUACUAGGUCAAUUGUUUAUACAGAAAGAGGGGGUCGCUGAUGGACUAACACAUUAGACAUUAUUUAGGAGCUAAUUAAUUGAGUCAUAAUAGUUGGUUGUCUUUAUCUUUAUCUGUAAAUAGAGCAUAAUGAUUCUCAGGUUCUUCCUGAGCCUGAACGAAUUUUUAUACUCUUGAAAACAGAAUCCAACUUAAGCGUUGGAGCUCAAUUUUCCUGGUGACGAUUGGAGCAACUGGAGGUUAAUUUUUAGUUUACCUUCCGUAAGUGUAGGUCGGAAAACUUCGCCAUUAGGUGAAUAUUGACCUUUUAGGUGAUAGUAGUAAUUUUUCUCAGCCUACUGUAUAGGGCUGUUUCUGUUAGAGCACUGCUAGAUGGGGUUGACAGCAGUGUUAGUUUUUCCAUUUUAUCACUUUCAUAUGGUAUGUUCCUUUUCUUUUUUUAGUUCGAGGAGUUGUUUGUUUGUGUGUCAAGAGAAAUGGGAUUUCUCUGGAGUUUAGGUUUAAGUUAAAGUAGUAAGAAGGGGGGUGAGCAGAUGAAGAAAGUUGUAAAUUUGUUUGAUCUGCUGUUAACCAGAUUGGAUCUUGUUUGUUGGUUUCAGAUAGUACUCUCAGUUUUAUGUUGGAUUGGUAAAUACAGCCAAGAAAAUAAAAGGAAUCUUUUGCCCA